CCAUAUGGGAAAUUUGUGUAAUAAAAAAAUAUGGCAGCUUUAAAAAUAUACGGGGGAAAUUUGUCAGAGAUAUAUGGUUGGCAACACCUUGGUUGACAGCAAUUUUUAAAGUUCUUUUUCUCCGUGGUUCCUGCUGUUAAACAUGGCACCAACUGCUAAAACCAACAAAGGUGAUAAAUCCGCCGCCAAGCCAGCCGAAAAGAAGGCUGCACCCGCCGCGGCUGCCGCUGCUAAGGGCAAAGUUGAAAAGCCAAAGGCUGAAGCUAAGCCCGCUGCCGCUGCUGCCAAAAAUGUGAAAAAGGCGCCAGAAGCCGCCAAGGAAGUGAAGGCUGCUGCAAAACCAGCACCCGCCAAGAAGGCCGCACCAGCUGCAGCUGCUCCCAAGAAGGAUGCCAAGGCUGCCCCUGUUAAGGACGCCAAGAAAGCCGCACCUGCUGCUGCUAAGCCAGCCGCAGCUGCUCCAGCCAAAAAAGCUGAGCCAGCUAAAGCCGCUGUGCCCGCUGCCGCACCAGCUGAGAAGCCAAAGGCUCCAGUUGUAAAGGCCGCCAAGCCACAACGUAAAUCCGUGCCAGCUGCAGCUGCUGCCGCCUCCGGCAAAGUUGGCAAGAAGAACGUGUUGCGUGGCAAGGGAUUGAAGAAGAAGAAGGUCUCUCUUCGUUUCGGAAUCGAUUGCACCAACAUUGCUGAAGAUAACAUCAUGGAUGUUGCCGAUUUUGAAAAGUACAUUAAGGCCCGCCUAAAGGUCAACGGCAAAGUGAACAACCUUGGCAACAAUGUCACAUUCGAGCGUUUGAAGAUGAAAUUGUACGUGAACUCGGACGUGCACUUCUCCAAGGCUUACCUGAAAUACUUGACCAAGCGUUACUUGAAGAAGAACAGUUUGCGUGAUUGGAUCCGUGUCGUGUCCAACGAUAAGGAUUCGUAUGAACUCCGUUACUUCAGAAUCAGCUCCAACGAUGAUGAAGAUGAGGAUGCCGAGUAAACUUGUUUUUUUACAAUAUUUUUAACUAAAGAUAAAGAGACAUGAGUACGAGGAAACUGUUGGACUGGUAUUUUUACCAUGUAAAAAGUGUUGAAGUUCUUCUCCAACAGUGAAAAAAAUAAAAUUUGCAACACAAAUUGAUUUUGUGUGAAAGAAUAA